AUGAUUCCCAAUAUUCACUUUAUACUUCAAAAGUCGCGUUUAGAACUAUUAACGCCUGAAGGUCUUCGUAUCGACGGUCGACGAGCGAAUGAAUUACGAAAAAUAACCGCCAAAACAUCUGUCUUUAGUAAAGCUGAUGGAUCAGCCUAUAUUGAGCAAGGAAACACCAAAUGUUUAGCAGCAGUUUAUGGACCAAGAGAAGUCAGACAUAGAGGACAGGCAUUAUCCGAUCGUGCUGUGAUCAAUGUCGAAUUCAACGUGGCUCCUUUUAGUACAAGUGAACGAAAGAAGCGAUCAAAGGCUGACAAACGAUCUUUAGAAGUGGCAGCAUUCAUCCGUCAAACAUUUGAACCUGUCAUUCUUACUUCUCAGUUUCCUAAAUCUCAGAUUGACAUUUAUCUUCAAAUAUUUCAAAAUGAUGGAGGUAUGUUACAAAGUUGUAUCAACGCAGCCACGAUGGCCCUGGUGGAUGCAGGUAUACCCAUGCUGGACUACGUUUGUGCUUGCUCUGCAGGAUGUAUCGAUAAAGUACCAGUGCUUGACUUGAAUGGCUUAGAGGAAUCUUCAGAUACACCUGAGUUAACCAUUGCCAUAUUACCAAGAACUGGAAAAGUCAACUUGGUGGAGAUGGAAUCCAGACUUCAAAUAGAUAAACUUGCUGGUGUCACUGAAUUGGCAAAAGAAGGCUGUAUGCAUAUUCACAGUGUCUUGGACAAUGUGAUCAGAAAGAAUACAGAGCAUUUGAUGUCUAGAUUGACUGCAUAACAUAGCAUUGUAUAUAUAUAAGAGGAGUAGUUUUAUAUGAUUUUAAUAAAAUGAACAAAGAAAGCAUUAUGUAUUAAGGUUAAAAGUGUAUGUAUAUAAUAGCAUUAACUUCAUCACACGUGUAUGUUUUUAUAAUAAUUCAGAGGAUGGCCUUCGAAAGGGAUUAUAGGAGCCUCGUCGAUCAUCGUCAACCUCAGACAUCUCCCUUACAGUCAUCGAAGAUGGCUGUGAGUCUCUUCGGAUAUCACUCAUCGGCCUCACAAAAGAGUCUGGACGUGGACUAGGUGUAAGACCUUGAUAAAAACUGUUGGUGCUCAUGUUAUAAGGGGCCUUGGGUGGUGCAGGGGAUAGAGCGGUUGGUUUCAUCAUGGCAGGUGUAGGAGGUUGUUCAUGAAGGUAAUCGGUGCUGAUAGAUCGAGACAUACUGUAAAUCUGUGCCUCAGGUUCAAGUGUAUCUAAUUUCU